AUGAAGUGGAAUGACAUUACACAGGCACUAGUCUUCCUUUCUCUAGCUGGACCUGGAAUUGUAGGAAAUAUCCUAGUAUUUGUGAGAUAUGUGUACACUUCUGCCUUGGGGACUGAGAAAAGGCCAAUAGACCUUAUUAUCAUCCACUUGGCAUUUUCUAAUCUGAUCAUUAUUUGCAGCACAGGAGUCACAGAUAUAGUCACAGUGUUUUAUUUCAGGAACUUCCUAGGAGAUAUCGGCUGCAAAGCUAUGGUUUACCUAGCAAGGAUGGCACGGGGCCUUUCCAUCUGCACCACCUGUCUCCUCAGCGUGGUCCAGGCUGUCACCAUCAGUCCCAGGAUCACCCUUUGGACAAAGCUCAAACCACAGACAUCAUGCCAAGUUCUUCCCUUUCUCCUUCUUUUUUGGAUUGUUAAUGUUCUCAUAAGCUCUAACUUGCUCUCGUACAUCAAAGCAGGCAGUGACUUGAACAGGUCUGUAGCUGCAAAGUUCAUUGCCCACUGCUAUAUGCUACCAUCCAGACACAUCAUCAAGUGGCUUUUCCUCUCUCUCAUGACUCUUCGUGAUGUCAUCUUUCAGAGUCUGAUGGGCUGGAGCAGUGGGUCCAUGGCUCUCCAUCUGUAUAAACAUCACAAGCGUGUCCUCUACCUUUACAGCUCCAGGUCUGCAAGCAACUCCCCUCCAGAAAUCAGAGCUACAUGGAGUGUUCUCAUUCUUAUGACCUGCUUUCUUUUCUUCUAUUGGGUAGAUUUCAUUCUCUCCUUCUACACAGGUUUCACAGUGACACAUGAUUCUAGAUUACUAAAUAUUAAAGUAUUUUUAGAACUUGGUUAUGCUAGUUUCAGCCCCUAUGUUCUGAUCAGCAGAGAAGUCCAUGUUCCUAAUGUCUUGCAUGCCCACUAA